AUGGCCGAGAAGAUUCUCAACAGAGUAAUCAUUUGCGUCGAUGGUUCAGAAUAUGACGAGAACGGUACAUUGGCUAACAGCCAAGGCUUCGGAAACACCAGCAACGUCUUCAAGCUUCGGAGUUUGGUCGCAACCAACAUAAGUUACGAUGGCGUCAGCCGCGGCAUCAACCAGACAGUCCGGUACUAUCAAGCUGGCAGCGACGGCCGGAGCGUCUUCAGGUCGCGCGCCAGUGCCUCUCUCGAUCAGCAGGUCAAGGAUAUCACCAAGGAUGUUUGUAACAAGCUCGAAAGCCCCCAGGAUGAGGUUUUCUUCUACGGUUUUGGUCGGGGCGCCUACAUCGUACGGGCUGUUGCCUGCGUCUUACACUACAUGGGUCUGCCGAAACUGACUGGCAACUUCGACGAUGCCUACCAGAAAGCUUUAGAUCUUGAAAAGGCUCAUUCCCUCGAUGACAGCCUGAACGGCACCAAACUCCUAUCACAACUAAGGGUCUUGUGCACCGAUGCUCCCAUCAUACAGUUUGUUGGCACCUUCGAUACGGUCAAGCCUUCGCUCGAGAAACACCAGUACGAUAUUUCUUAUGUCAAGUCGAUCCGCAAUGUGCGUCACGCAUUGGCUUUCAACGAAACACGGGUAGCCCCCGAGAUAUUUCAUCGGCCCGAGUCCGAUAGCAUGGAGGGCCGCUCCUUCGUACAAGCUUGGUUCAUGGGCACCAACCAAGACAUGGGCGGCGGCAUGCAACAAGAUGGUCUGUCCCUCUACCCCUUUCAGUGGAUGGUCGUGGAAAGCAUCAAGGCCGGCCUCGUAGUACAACCCGACACGAAACACAAGUUUCUCGAGCUGGCUUUUCCUCAGUUCCUGGGCGGUGCGCCCAAGCUCAACGAAGCAGAGAAGAGCCAGUGGCGGCUACGGUAUGCCAACGGCAUCGAAUCCAUCAUGUACGACCUUCAGACACUGCACUCGGAUCGCAAGAACGACUCGACGCAUUCCAUAAAACAUGCCAAGGAGAGCAAGGUCUUCAACACUCAGCGCAAGAUAUGGAACAACACAAGCAAAGCCCUUCUCGGGUGGACCGACAAGGGUCCUUGGGGUAACGUUAUCCACCACUCCAUGUACACCAUCCUAGACAGAAACCCGAAACUCUACGACCAAGGCCUGUUCAAACUCCGAAAGAAGGAGCUAGCCGACUUCCAAGAGCGUUGUCUUGAUGAUCAGGGUCAGAUGCAGCCGUGGCUGGACGGUCUGCAGUUGCAGGCGAGCGGGGUGAAAGCAUUCCGAAUCCUGGUUUGCGGUAAGACUGGUGUAGGCAAGUCUACACUCAUCAACAAAGUGUUCGGUGUGGAGAUGACAGAGGAGUCAACGUCUUAUGCACAAGGCGCUCACGAUAUCAACACUGCGUUCGAAAGCCCAAAUCAUCCCGGUCUUCUUAUACACGACUCGAGAGGUUGGCAAGCGGGAAGUGAUCAGGAACUCGACCUCAUCGCGAAGUUCUUGAGGCACCGAGCCUUCCAAAAAGACCCUGCAGAAUCGCUACACGUCAUCUGGUUCUGCGUCGACUCGGACGUGUCCCGAAUAGAAGAGGCCGACAAGCGAACAUUUGAAACUAUCGCACAGUUCUCGAAUCAUGUUCCCGUCUUCGUUGUCGGCACCAAGAAAGACAAGCUCGUGGCAUACCGCAAGAUGGAGUUGCUCGAGGAAUACAUGAAGAGAACAAAUGACUAUAAAGAAGCCAGCAGUCUCGCUAACGCCGAAGCCAAUAAAGCUGCAGACGACCAGUUUUUGGAGCUCAAAGAGCAGCUCUCACGGAUUGAGCAUUACAAGGCUGACGGCUACUGUUGUAUAUCCAAAGACGAUGACACUGGUGUUCGAACGCUUCUCAAUCAGACACUGGACUUGAUCGCAGACGACCGCGUACGUAUCUUCUGCGUAGCCGCGCAAGUCAUGGAUGUGGAACAGAAGAUUGAUAGCGCCAUCACAGAGUGUAUGCGCUUGGGAACCCACGCGAUCAGGACUGCGAUGGUUCCGCUUCCAUUCACCGGCAUCAUUGGAACUCCAACGGUCAGCCGUAUAAUUUGCGAACAUGUCCUUCAGAACUUCGGUUUCCCGAAAGCCACGCCAGAGGCUGUCGACGAAAUCAUGUCAAGAGUUGUCAUGGGUAACCUAAAGUCUUUCAUGAAGACGAGCCUGGUGCAAUUUGGCGCAGUAUCAGCCGUUGCAGUCGGUGUUGGUGUCCCAACAUUGGGCAUUGGCACAAUCGUUGGAGGCGCUGGAGCCAUUCUAGCUGCGCCGCCAACAGCACGAAUGCUGUUCAAAUGUGCUUGCGACAUGAUCCUCAUCUUGGAACGAUCAUUCCGCUAUCAGGGCAGAUAUGUUUCGGUAAAGCAGAUUGAGGAUGCGGCCGUGUACUACACCACGGCCACUACCAAGACGUUUUCCGGCAAGGAAGUGCUACUCCAGCAGCACGUGCACGACGAAGUCGACCGCCUCAUUCCUCUCAAGAAAGUCUCGGUCGGCUUCAGAUUCGCACGCCUCAGGUCAGGUCUACAGGACAUCAUCUACAUGAACCGCUUCGAGCAGAAAGUCGGCGCACCCCUGAGCUCCGUGCCCUCGAGCGAAAUCUCAACCGCCAACGGCGGCAUCCCCGAGCUCGACUCCAAAAUGAGCGCCGUCGAACUCGACGCUGCUUCACCCGCCGUCACCUCCCCCCCACCCAUACCCGAACUGCCCGGCGACACCAAGAACCCCGUGGAGAUGGAGUCGCCGGAGACGCCCGCACCGGCAUACAACACGCUCUCGCCGCUCGACGGCAGCGGCACCGGCAGCGGCAGCAGCGAAUUCACCAUGACGAACCUGUCGUCCAUCGACUCGGUCAGCUCGCCCACCAUCGCCGACGACAUGAGCACGAGCCAGACGCUGAUCUCGCCGGAUUACGACCACGAGACCGCCAGGCCGAAACGGACCAAGAGCGAGGAGAGUGGGAGUUUGUUUAAGCGGUCGCUGUCGAAAUGGAGCUUGAGGAAGGCGAAGACGAAUGUAUAG